UUUCCUUCUUCUCUCAAUGAAAAUGCUCUUUGCCUCCCACACACUGUGAUGCCUCUUAUCUAAUGUCACUGUAUUUGCGGGUUUCUCUCAUCUUGUCUUCCAACUAACUAGGGUUUUCCUCCUUCCCAACCUCUCACAUCAAUUCACUGAUUCUUCAACAAUCUUCUCUAUAGCUCUCUGGCUAUUCGCUUCAGACACUUGAUUAAAGCUUUAGAUCCAUCUUGCUAGCUACCUAGCUAGCUAGAGCCUGCAUCCAAGGGGCAACAAGGAUAUCAAUUUACAGUAUCCUGCUAGCUACCUUGUUCAAAUAAACCUAACAAACAAAGUGAGGGGAUUAAUCAUCAUCAAUGGCUUCUUCUUCAAGCUACUCGAAUUCUCCAUGUGCUGCGUGCAAGUUUCUGAGAAGGAAAUGCAUGCCAGACUGCAUAUUCGCGCCAUAUUUCCCACCAGAGGAACCUCAAAAGUUUGCUAAUGUUCACAAAAUAUUUGGUGCCAGCAACGUAAGCAAGCUGCUAAACGAAGUUCAACCUCAUCAGAGAGAGGACGCUGUGAACUCCCUGGCUUAUGAAGCUGAGGCAAGGAUUAAAGAUCCUGUGUAUGGCUGUGUAGGGGCCAUUUCUGUGCUCCAGAGGCAAGUCAUUAGGCUUCAGAAAGAACUUGAUGCCACUAAUGCUGAUUUGAUUCGCUAUACCUGCAAUAAUGAUAUGCCUUCUGGUCAAGCUUCUGCAACAAGGAUGAGUGAUGACCAAGGAGGAGGUUCUACGUCUCUUGGUCAAUCUCCUUCUGACUAUUAUUAUCCUUCUCCUUGGAAUAAUAAUUACUAAUUGAGGGUCAAAUAAUUAUUAUAUUGCAGAAUAGACCCUUUCAAGCUUUAAGUCACUUGCAAACAACUUUUUGAAUUCUUAAAAUCAUCCCAGUUUUAUUUCACAUACAAAAAUGUGUGAUCUUUCAGUUUUCAAAAACGUCUCGGAAUUGAUGUGGCAACCUUAGACUAGCCUUGUUCCCUAUGCCAUGCGCUUCUAUAUAGAAGCAUACGUGAGAAGAAGGAACAAAUUAUUAAAAGUGAGAUAGAUGACACACUGAAGGACUGAUAUGAUGAGGUCCUAGAUAAAGCGUAAGAAUAGGUGAAUUUAUUUCCUGAUUUUGAAAGUUUAAAAAUGUUAUUUGCGAGUGACUAAAGUUUGAAAGAGGUUUGAUUUCUUGCGUUAUUCCUUAAUUAUUGCUAUAUAUAUUCAUCAUCAUUGAGGGGUGGGGGCAAUUAAUCAACACGUAAUUCUCAAAUCCUAUUGUGUCUCUGCAUAUAUAUAUAUAUAUAUAUAUAUAGUCUCGAUUCCUACUAAAUCAAGAGUUUGUAUCCAUCUAUCUAUAUAUAUAGGGUUUCUUCUUUGUAUGUUCAAAUGAUUGGGGUGUGUGUAUAUGGGAUGUAGGUAUAUGUUAUUGUCAUGUAAAUAUAUAUUGUAAUUAUUAUUGUUGUUGUUUUGUAAAAGCCC